CAGCAUCACAAUAUCCAUUUAGCAGAAGGAUGCGAGGAGGGAUUGGAGCAAUAACUAUAACGGAUAAUUCAAACUAAAACUAAGUAACCCUAACAGACGAAUGCUGCAUUUUGGAUGUUCAAGCUCUGAAAUGUCGACGGUGAAACACACAAUAUGCGAUUUGUUUUGUCGCACGUGUUGAAUGACAAAUAUGUUUAUGCUGGUUCGUUGACACCGAAGAAUGGCAUCCAGAAGGGCCGUGUCCAGCUAGGAUAUGUCGGGUUAAAUUGUUCGUUAUUCCUUACAUUGGGUUAAUUAACAUUGUCGCUCGGAGGAUUGUGACAGAAUGACGCCAUUCAUUCGUUGAGGAUAUUUGGAUAUGAACUUAAUAAAACAGGACGAAACGUAUUCAUGUAUAAAAGAAACCUGAGACUGCGAUGGAAACACACAGUUUAUCGUUUGAGACGCAAUAAAUUCCCAACGAUAGCCGAAACGCAGGAAAAAGAAUCUGAAACAAUGUACGGACUGCUCCUUCAAAGUAUUAAGGAACUCAUAAAAGAAGAGUUCGGAGAGGAAACAUGGGAGGCCAUUCGAAAGAAGGCAGAUGUCCCAUAUACAUUUAUAACUCACAAGCCAUACAGCGAGAGUAUGGUUGUACGGAUAUCCAGAGCAGCGCACGAAGUAACAAAUGUUCCGCGUGAUGUUCUCAUGGAAAGAUUUGGACUUUCAUUUGUGGGAUUCGUCGGAAGAUUUGGAUAUGAUCGAAUCUUAAGGGUACUUGGUAGAAAUUUUAGGGAUUUCUUAAACAACCUUGACAAUCUUCACGAAUAUCUACGCUUUAGCUACCCGAAGCUUAAACCGCCCUCGUUCUUCAUAGAGCAAGAAUCGCGCCAGGGUCUUCUGCUUCACUACCGGAGUAGGCGUAGAGGCUUCGUAAAAUACGUAAAAGGACAAAUUAUUGAGGUAGGACGUAAACUGUAUAAUACACAGAUUCAAGUAGAAGUCGUCAGUGAGAAUGAAACGAGGGAAAUGACACAUGUCGUAAUGAAAUUGAAAUUCGACAAUAAAACAUAUAGGAAUGAGGAUGCGACUGGAUCAUUAAACUCGCGACAGUUACCGAUCAGUUCAGAAACAUUCUUCGAUGUAUUUCCGUUUCAUCUCGUAUUCAGCAACCAUUUGGUCGUCCAGAAUGUCGGAAGGGGUCUGCAGGCAGUUAUGAUCGGACUACUGGGGAAGCAUAUCGAUGAUGAGUUCAGUUUAUCACGACCAAUGGUUGACUUCACCUGGGAAAAUAUUCUUGCUCACACAAACAAUGUGUUUGAGUUGCAGUCGAUGAACCCGGUGAGAAAUCAGCGGGACGAUGAAUCGUACAUGGCCUUCGAUUGGCGAAUGAAUGACAGUGCGGGCACUGGCAGUAUUAGUGGAGAUACCAUGACAGAUUUAGAUGAUGAUCUUGCCAACUGUCUGGUACUUAAGGGUCAGAUGAUGCACAUGAAAGAAUGGAACGCUGUAGUAUUUCUUGGGACCCCAGUGCUUGACAACCUCGAGGCCAUGCACCGUUCAGGGCUGUUCAUCAAUGAUUUGAGUAUGCACGAUUCCAGUCGUGAUUUGGUCCUUGCUGGAACACAGCAGUCUGCCGAGCUCAAACUGGCACUUGAUCAGGAACAGCAGAAGAGCAGAAAGCUCGAGGAGAGCAUGAGAAAGCUAGAUAUUGAGAUGAGACGGACUGAUUCGUUACUCUAUCAGAUGAUUCCAAAGACAGUAGCUGACAGGCUACGAAAAGGCGAAGAUGCAAUGGACACAUGCGAGGCAUUUGAACAAGUGACAAUACUAUUCAGCGACGUUGUUGGAUUCACAAGUAUAUGCAGCCAAAUCACACCGAUGGGAGUUGUAUCAAUGCUGAAUGCAAUGUACACCAAAUUCGACAAACUAACGGAAAAACAUCAAGUGUAUAAGGUUGAAACGAUAGGUGAUGCAUAUAUGGUUGUAUCCGGUGCGCCUGUUCGAACGAAACUACACGCGCAGUUCAUUUGUGACAUGGCCUUAGAUAUGGUAAAAUCCAUGACCGAACUGGACGACCCAUCUACUGACGGACAUAUGAAAAUAAGAGUUGGAUGCCAUUCUGGGAAUGUAGUUGCCGGGGUGGUCGGUUUAAAGAUGCCACGUUACUGCUUAUUUGGAGAUACAGUCAAUGUGGCAUCCCGUUUAGAAACAAAUGGCGAGGCAAUGAAGAUACACGUCAGUGAGACAACAAAGACGCACCUCGAGGGAUGGCCGUAUAAACAUGAGGAGCGCGGCUAUGUUGAUCUUAAGGGUAAAGGCCAAAUGAAAACGUUUUGGUUGGAAGAAAAGGACGUACCAGACACCAAUAAAAGUAACUUCACGCAUGCGAUAGAAGAAGAACGAAGACGCAUUUAUGGCAUGCUGAGUGGCGGUGAAUCUGAAGGUACCGUUGAUUUAAGCAUGAAAGAACGUUACUCUCAUGUCCAACUCGAUAACAACAUAGAUGCCAGAUCAUCGGUUGGUUCAAAAUAUAACUAUGAUGCUAAGUCAUUCAUAGAUUCUCCAAAAUCUCCAAAAAAUAACAACUCCAACGUUUAUAAGCUUAAUAAUGACAGCCAGGUUCACGCCAGUGAGUUCAAAGCGGGAGGGACGCAUAACGCAGGUGCACCAGUGGAUAAAUAUAUUGCUCAAAAUGAGACAUCCCACUCACAGAAUAGCAUAAAACUUCAAAUUCAUAACAACGUCAUCAAGCCCUCUGGAAAUGAGUAUGACAAACGAGAUAGUAUUCUUGUUGAAAAGGAAAAGCGGGUGAGAGAAAAGGAGUAUCAGAAUGAAAUUGCAGAAACUGCCAACUCCAAUGAAACAAAUGCAAAGAAAGCUAAAACAAAAAGCCGAACUUGUCAUGUACUUUAGAAUGUAUCUGGAUAUUUUUCAGACAAUUUAGAGGUUGUUGAUAAUUAUUCUUUUAUCAAUACGCAAAAUUAAAUAUAUAUUGUAAGUUAAAUUCCAUAAAUAAUGUUCUAUCGAUAAUGAAUACAUAUUUUAUCCUGGUUUCAGAGGUUGAAAGGUCAGAUUCAAUCUAUAAUUGGUCAGCAACCCAGGAAAAUGGCAAAUGAAGACUGAACCUCUCGCCACAACAAUCAUCUGCAUCUGGGAUAAAAUGACAUUAAUUCACUCUUAAAAACUUGUAGCCUAGUAGGAAUACCAUGCAAAUAGGCUAACCCAAACUUUGAUUUUAGAAUGUGCUGCGUAUUUUCAAUUCACUUCUACUGAACCGUUUAUGGUAUUGAGGUGUGGGGGGGGGGGUAUAG